AAAAUGUUUUGGAACAGGAAGAAGUAUUGUUUACAUGCUAGUAAGUCCUGUUCCAGCUAAUGCUAACGUCAAGGAGAGAAGUGAAAUGAUUUUUCAGGGUGUUGGAAGAUAAUUUGCAUUCUUAUUCAGUUGUUGUGUGUGUGGCACAUUAACUUGACGAUCAGUUCCUGGUUGACGAACCACGUCACGGAGAGUGAAUCUGUCUAAAUGGCGUCCACAAAUGAUCCAUUCCAGUUUCAAGAAUUUGAAGAAGCUGGCCAACUGUUGGAAGCAAACAGAGAUGCAACCACCAUUAGCAUUGAGGAUGAUAAUAUCAAACCUGAGAAGCAGAGAAAAGCUGCUGGUUUCAGUCCUGAAGACGAGGACCCACUUGCCAGUGAUGACAGGGAAGAGCUUCUCUCCGGGCAAAAGAAAACUGCUCCUUUCUGGACGUUUGAGUACUACCAAAAGUUUUUCGACAUCGAGACCCAUCAUGUGAAGGAAAGAAUCAUUGGAUCAAUGCUGCCAUGGCCUGGAAAGAACUUCAUUCAAGUGCACCUUCGUAGAAAUCCUGAUCUUUAUGGACCAUUCUGGAUUUGCACCACUCUUGUGUUUGCCAUUGCAAUCAGUGGAAACAUAUCCAACUUUCUGGUGAACCUAGGCAGACCAGACUACAGGUAUACGCCAGAGUUUGGAAAAGUGACCAUAGCUGCAACAGCAAUCUUCAUCUAUGCUUGGUUGGUGCCCCUUGCCCUAUGGGGAAUCCUGUUAUGGAGAAACAACAAGAUCCUGAACUUAGUGUCGUACACUUUCAUGGAGAUCGUCUGUGUGUAUGGAUAUUCCCUUGCGAUUUACAUACCAGCCGUGGUCCUAUGGAUUAUCCCAUUCGAUUGGCUGAGGUGGUGCACCAUCGUUGUGGCUCUGUGCCUCUCCGGCUCGGUUCUCGUGAUGACAUUCUGGCCUGCAGUCAGGGAUGACCACCCAAAAAUUAUGAUAGCAAUCAUGUCGGCCAUUGUUGUGCUCAAUGUCCUGCUUGCGGUUGGCUGUAAGACCUACUUCUUUAGCAGCCUAAAACCAGAAAAGCCACCAGUCCAUUCUACUCCAACUGCGGUGACCAAGGCUUCGACAUGAAAGCCGUUUAUUAUCUGAAGGUUCUCCUGUUGCCUUAUUAGAGAGAAUCGGGUUGCUGAGGUGACGAAGUCAUGUGUCGUCUGGAUUUCACCUGCACUUGGACAUUCUGGCUCAAGACCUGAAAACCCAGUGUGCAUGCUUGGUUCAACUGCAUGACCUCUGAAAAUGAACACUGGUACCAAGUAUGUUAUUUCCAAUGGGAUGGGUUCUAAACUUCCUUAAAGAUAAAUGGGUAGUGGUGUUACACAGCACAAAAUAUCUCUUGUAGUCAAUGAUUUUCUGCUUUAUUCUUAUGUUGAAAUAUUAACAUAACCAUUCUCUGCAGUAACUUUGGUGCCAUCAAAAGCAUUUUGUAUAAACAUUUUUUUUAUAUUUAGUGAAUGGGAACUGGCUAAUAUAGUUUGUGUAAAGAAUAUUCUGUAUGAAGAGCAAAAUAAGGUGUUGGUAAGAUAAUCAAAGUUUGGACUUCAACUGUAUAGAUAAACUUAUUGUAUAUUUUCUCUAACUGAUGCAACCAUAAGUGCCCUCAAUUAAUGCCAAAGACCCAUUCUACAUGUUUAAGGCAUUUAAAACUUGUGUAACUAUUUUUUAAAUAAUUUGUUGUUGUUUUUGUGACAUGUAUGAAAUUCAAAUUGUUCAUUCCUAAUGAGUGUUUCAUAGGGAGAAAUAUAUAAAUCCUUACCUUUGUGGGCCCCAACCUUUAUUAAUAAAAAAACAUGAUUAAUAAAGGUAAUAUUCCAAGGAUUUACAAUCAACCUGGAGCCUAUUUUCAAGCACAAAUUAAACUCUUUGAACAGAUUAUUUGCAUACUGUCUUUAACAACAUUAAAGAAAUUAUUAAGACAUUAUGAGAAAUAUGCUUAACCGCUUUCACUGUGUUAAAAAGAGUUAAUUAGUGAGCUUUAGAGGUGCUCAUCGGUGGAUUUGCUACCUUUAGACAGCCGGACUAGCAGUUUUCUCUCUAUUUUCAGUCAUUAUGCUAAACUAAGCUAACUGGCUGAUCGCCUUAGGAUAAUAAAUUAAGUGGGAUCAAUCUUGUCAUCAAAUUAAUCUGCAAGAAAGUGAUAAUACCCAUUUUUCCAAAAUGUCAAACUAUUCCCCCAAGUAUCAUUGAAAUUGUUCUGUCAAUUUUUUCACUAAAAUCUAAAACAUUGAAAACCUGGGCUAAAAACCAUCUGAAAAGAAAAUCAUUCCGCAGUGUUUUUUCAUUGGAUUCAGCAUUUGACAUCUGUAAUAACAGUGUCUCUACUUCCAAAGUCUUUAUAAACAUGUCUAAUUACAUAAAUGCUUAAAGUAUUAUUUACCUU